UCGUUCAUCAUUAUCGGCUUAGUUGUCAUUAUCCCGGCGAGCGAUUAUUAUGUGUGAAAUAAAAUAAAUUCAAACAACAAUAAAAAAUAUACAAGUUGCAUUUAUUUAACAGCAUUCGUGUAACAAGAUAAAAUUUUUACAUUCCUGUAAAAGUGUCAGGCAAUAAAAUGUUAUCAACAAUAUGUCGCAAAACGUUCCCAAGGGUACCAAGGCCAGCAAGCCUCAGUUCUGUAAGAAUGCUCUCGGAUGUUCAGAAUCCCAAGACAGCUAUUGUCAUGCUCAACAUGGGUGGACCUACUCAUAUUGAUCAGGUCGGAGAUUACCUACACCGUAUUAUGACGGAUAGAGAUAUGAUACAAUUACCAAUACAAAAUAAAUUAGGUCCCUGGAUAGCGUCGCGACGAACAGAGGAAGUCCAAAAGAAAUAUAUGGAGAUUGGAGGCGGAUCACCUAUCCUUAAGUGGACUAAUAGUCAAGGUCGUCUGCUAGUAGAAGCUUUAGACAAGUUAUCCCCGGAAACUGGGCCACACAAACAUUAUGUAGCUUUCAGAUAUGUACCACCUUUCACUGAAGAAACUUUCGCGCAGCUUGAGAAAGAUGGUGUGGAACGUGCAGUAAUAUUCUCCCAGUACCCUCAGUAUAGUUGUGCGACCACUGGUUCCAGCUUAAACGCUAUAGCCGACUUCUAUAAAUCCACGCCCGUACCGAAAAAUAUAAAAUUCAGCAUGAUAGAGCGAUGGGCGAGUCACCCACUGUUAGCCAAAGUGUUCGCUCAAAGGAUCCAAGAGAAACUGGAGGCUUUUGAUCCCAGCAUACGAGACGACGUCGUUAUACUGUUCACUGCUCAUAGCUUACCUCUGAAGGCAGUAUCCCGCGGCGACACAUACCCACACGAGGUAGCCGCCACAGUGGGCAGUACCAUGCAGCAGCUAGCAGUACCCAACCCGCACCGACUGGUCUGGCAGUCCAAAGUGGGACCCCUGCCGUGGCUGCAGCCUUAUACCGACGAUGCUAUUAAGGCAUAUGCAAAGCAGGGCAGAAAACAUUUACUGUUGGUGCCCAUUGCGUUUGUGAAUGAACAUAUUGAGACAUUACACGAGUUGGAUAUUGAAUACUGUUACGAUGUAGCUAAAGAGGCUGGUAUAAAACAAAUAGAAAGAGCGGCAACACCGAACGUGCAUCCGACAUUCAUAGAAGCUCUCGCAGACGUCGUGAUUAACCAUAUGAAUAGUGGACAGAGAGUUUCUAAACAGUUCCUUACAAGAUGCCCACACUGCGUCAGUGCUCGAUGCCAGAGUUCCAAAGAGUUCUUCAGGGAACUCUGCACUGAUAAAUAUUAUGAAAAAAAUGUUCUAUAAGUUUAAACAAAUAAUAAAUAUGUCACUAGCAGCUAGAUAAUGUCUCACGAAAGCGGGUGAGCUUUAGUUGUGUGUGUAAAUGUGUAUGCAGAUUAUCUUUGUACUAGCUUCCGCCCGCGGCUUUAGAGUUCGGUUAUAUCGCGUUUCCAAGAGAACUAUUCAAUAGUCCGGGAUAAAAACUAUCCAAUGUUCUUUCUCAAGGUCAAUUCUAUCUCUGUACCAAAUUUUAUUAAAAUCAGUUCAUUGGUUUAGACGUGAAACUUUAACAGACAGACAGAGUUACUUUCUCAUUUAUACCUAAUAUUAAGUACACACACAAGUAUGGCUAACCCGCUUUCGUGAAAUAAAACAUCUAUAGUUAAAUUAAGGAUCUUUUUCCUUUUAAAAUGCACCAUUUGUAAGUAUUUUAAAGUUUUAUUUUUUAGGGUUCCGUAACCAAAGGGUAAAUAAACACCUACAGGCGCACUCAUUUAAUUUAUUUGUAUGAUGUACAUAAUUUACGAAUGGUGCAUCACGUUUAGGGCUGCCAUCUCGUAUUUCGCCAAACCCGGACAAACAUUAAAAAAACCGGCGGACAUUUGGCGUAAAUCGCAUUUUUUCCCCGAACGAGUACGAUUUUUUUUAAACAUAAUAGUAUCUAAUUUGUAAUCCAUUUACUAUAGACAUAUACUUAAAUUUAAUGAGGUGCUUCCUUACAUGAAAAGUGUCCGGGUUUUCCCCGGACACUUCUUGAAACCCCGCCCGGACGGCCCCCGGACGGUCUCUAAACGAGGACAAAUCCGGGGAAACCCGGACGGAUGGCAGCCCUAAUCACAUUUCUAGCUUACGGCCGUUUCCGAUAUUCUAUCUAUGUAUUUGAUGACUUGCUUACUAGAUAUAGAAUUAUGUCAUUAACAUACGAGUAAUGUUAAGUUCCUAUCUCUAUACCCUAUCCACGGAAGCAAGAGCUAAAAGGUAAACAAAGAAUGACACUUUUUCAAGAUGGCGGUAUAACCCGACCGAUGACAAAACGUCACAUUUUUGUGUAAAAUGUUCGCAGUAUCUGUGAUUUUGCCAUCGGUCAGGUUAUACCGCCAUCUUGAAAAAGUGUCAUUCUUUGUUUACAUUUUAGCUCUUGCUUCCGUGGAUAGAGUAUAGUAAGGAAAUCAAUACUUAGAUAGAAUAUUGAAAACGGCCGUCUGCCUUAUCACUCACUUUCAUUAUAAUGUUUUUUUUUUCGAUUCAAUAGCACAAUUUUAUGAUUAAGUACUAUAAAAGAGUUUUGACAGAUAUAAAUAUGCUCUGGUUUUUAAGUUAAAA